AUGGGAAAUGUACCCGGUAAAUUGGAGGACGAAAGCUCAGUGCGAGCCAAACGGUCCAUGAGCACAUCGGCUGCGCUCCCGAAUCGUGCUGGAAACGGUAACGCCACGAACCGAAGUUUACGGACUUCGUCCAUGGUGGGGACGAUUUUAAACGCUAGACGGCAUUCGGAGUCUUCAGAGGUGGCAGGAGAAGCCGGUAACCCCUACAAACGCAAGUCAACCAAGGAAAAAGAGCGCUUAAAGGAGCGUCACGUUAAACAGCUUAUUGUGAAAUUUAGCGAAACGGUCGAUGGCGGGUUUUUGGCGCCGUUUGGAUCGAGCAGCUUGGAAAAAGUAGAUUAUGACGCUGGCGUCGUCAAAACGCUCAUUUUGGAGCGUCGUUUGGCACCCUUUUACACGCCAUUACAAGACUUUGACGAGUCCUGGACGCGCCAAGAGCUCAUCAAAAUCGUGGACGGACUUCCACUGCAUGCAGCAUUUAACGAAAACGUGGAAGCGUUUGAGGGCGUACCCGUAGGAAAUCUGUCGCAGAGCGAUUUUGAGCAUCUAAUAGACAAGUCACUUUCACGUCGCGAACAGCGGCGCAUGCGAAAUAAAAUCUUCAACGCCAGACUGUAUCAGAAACGGUUGCGGUGGCAAGAGCGUGAAAACGAGAAAUUUUUGGAACUAAAGCUGGACGCCAAAAAGCUACCGGAGGGCCAGCACAAGACUUUACUACCUAGUGACGAUUUGAAAGCGGAUUUGUACUCGCACGCGACCGAAUGCCCUAUAUGUUUUCUGCACUACCCUCAGCCCAUCAACCUGUCCCGCUGCUGUCUGCAGCCCAUUUGCAGCGAGUGCUUUGUUCAGAUUAAAAGACAGGAACCGCAUUUCCCACACGACUCUGAAGACAGCGGUACACCUGCAGACGAGGAGGAAAAAGACCCCAAUUUGUUGACCUCGGAGCCAACCAAUUGUCCCUACUGUGCUACUCCAGACUAUGGCGUCAUAUACGAGCCGGUUUCAACUCGUAGAGUUGGUAUUCACGGAAUAACACCUUCCUCAUAUGUGCAUCAGGAGAAACCGUUUUUGCAAGAAUCAGACGUGCCCAUACGUCGCGGCUCUUUGGCUGCGUCUGAUCGCAAAGUGGUUACUUCAGAUUCGUUGCGACCCGACUGGCAGAUAAAACUAAACAAAGAGCGGAUGCGCCUGGCAAGACGGUCUGCCAAUGCCACGGCUAUCCAUGUCAGCAACCAACUUGUCACCCCGGGCCAUCAGAUGUCGCCGACGAUCAGUGCCCAAACUGCACCGCGAUCGAACACCCACUCUGAUUUUGCUACACCUCACGCUCAAUUGCACGGAUCUAUGUGGCCACCUAAUGCUACUGCUACGGAAAUCGAAAACCAGAUGAUCGAGCAAGCUAUCAAAUUGAGUUUAGCGGAAAGUGGCAAGAACUAG